GGACAAGAUGGCGACGGCGGCGGCGGCGGCGGCGGUCGAGAGCGCGAUGGAGGUGGUGCCGGCGCCGGCGGACGAGGCCGUGCCCGAGCUGGCGGGCCUCAGCGGCCUGGUCAGCCUGCCGGGCGAGGUGCUGGAGUACAUCCUGUGCAGCGGCUCGCUCGCGGCCUCGGACAUCAGCCGCGUCGCCAGCACCUGCCGGCGGCUGCGCGAGCUGUGCCAGAGUAGCGGGAAGGUGUGGAAGGAGCAGUUCCGGGGGAGGUGGCCUUCCCUUAUGAAACACUACAGCCCCACGGACUACGUCAAUUGGUUGGAGGAAUAUAAAGUUCGGCAGAAAGCUGGGUUAGAAGCCCGGAAGAUUGUAGCCUCCUUCUCAAAGAGGUUCUUUUCAGAGCACGUCCCUUGUAAUGGUUUUAGUGACAUUGAGAAUCUUGAGGGACCAGAGAUAUUUUUUGAAGAUGAACUGGUGUGUAUCCUAAAUAUGGAAGGAAGGAAAGCUUUGACCUGGAAGUACUAUGCCAAAAAAAUCCUUUACUACCUACGACAACAGAAAAUUUUAAACAAUCUUAAGGCUUUUCUUCAGCACUCGGAUGACUAUGAGUCGUAUCUCGAAGGUGCUGUGUUUAUCGACCAGUACUGCAACCCCCUCUCGGAAAUCACCCUCGCAGACAUCCAGACGCAGAUCGGCAGCAUUGCGGAGCUGGUGCGCAAGACCCUCCGCGGCAUCAACAGCCGCCACCCCAGCUUGACCUUCAGGGCAGGCGAAUCUUCCAUGAUAAUGGAGAUCGAACUCCAGAGCCAGGUGCUGGAUGCCAUGAACUAUGUCCUGUAUGACCAGCUGAAGUUCAAGGGGAACCGAAUGGAUUACUAUAAUGCCCUAAACUUAUAUAUGCACCAGGUUUUGAUCCGAAGAACAGGGAUCCCAAUCAGCAUGUCUCUGCUCUACAUGACAGUUGCCCGGCAGUUGGGGGUUCCUCUGGAACCUGUGAACUUCCCAAGUCACUUCUUACUGAGGUGGUGCCAAAGCGCAGAAGGGGCCAACCUGGACAUCUUUGACUACAUCUACAUCGACGCCUUUGGGAAAGGCAGGCAGCUGACGGUGAAAGAGUGCGAGUACCUGAUUGGCCAGCACGUGACUGCAGCGCUGUACGGGGUGGUCAACGUGAAGAAGGUGCUGCAGCGCAUGGUGGGGAACCUGUUAAGCCUGGGCAAGCGGGAAGGCAUCGACCAGUCCUACCAGCUCCUGCGGGACUCCUUGGACCUGUACCUGGCGAUGUACCCGGACCAGGUGCAGCUUCUCCUCCUUCAGGCCAGGCUCUACUUCCACCUGGGAAUCUGGCCAGAGAAGGUGCUUGACAUCCUCCAGCACAUUCAAACCCUAGACCCCGGGCAGCACGGGGCUGUGGGUUAUCUGGUGCAGCACACGCUCGAGCACAUUGAGCGCAAGAAGGAGGACGUGGGAGUGGAGGUGAAGCUCCGUUCCCACGAGAAGCACAGGGAUGUCUGCUACUCCAUCGGGCUCAUUAUGAAGCAUAAGAGGUACGGCUACAACUGUGUCAUUUAUGGUUGGGACCCCACCUGCAUGAUGGGACACGAGUGGAUUCGAAACAUGAAUGUCCACAGCCUGCCUCAUGGCCAUCAUCAGCCUUUCUACAACGUGCUGGUGGAGGAUGGCUCCUGCAGAUAUGCAGCCCAAGAAAACUUGGAAUAUAACGUGGAGCCUCAAGAAAUCUCGCACCCGGAUGUCGGACGCUACUUCUCGGAGUUCACGGGCACUCACUACGUCCCGAACGCGGAGCUCGAGCUCCGCUACCCGGAGGACCUGGAGUCCGUGUACGAGACGGUGCAGAACAUCUACAGUGCGAAGAAGGAGGACGCGGAGUGAAGUCUCCUAGGGGACACUGCACCUUUGCUGCUGCUGCUACCUGCCCAGAGAACAGGACCCCGAAGCCUCCGCCGACCACCAGGAAAGCCACUUGGCCAGGAGCGCUGGUUGCCUCCCCCUAAGUUGAACUCUCUGCUCUCCUCAGCUGCAAAGACAGUGUUGCUCUCCGCCUGCACUAGUGAAUUCCUUGGAAAGGCACUGUGUUCAGUGGCAUGGCUCGUUGCUUGUCCUGUGGUGACAGUCUGUGACAUUCUGUCUUCACGAGGUCGCACAGGCGACACUCUUAUAGUCCCUUCUUAGCUCACUUCUCAUUUGUCUGUCUCGCACUUACCUCCGAUCACUUCACUUGCUGGGCAGAUGGCCGCGCGCCGGCCACACUUCCUGCCUGAUCUCUGGAGCAGGCGCAGCCCCCGCCGGGCUUGUUCGUCUUUAUACCCUGAGUUUAGCUGCUUAUUCAGAGGUGAAGCUAAGUGAUCUUGGCAGCAUCUUGGAGAUGAACAAACUAGUAGUAAUAACACUCAUUUGCAUUUAUUUUCUAACGUGUGAAACAGAUUCCAGGCACUUACCUUUUUCUGUAUUUGAAUUAGAAGAAUAAUAAUUUUCCCUCUUGGAUUUAUGCUCCUAUUUCUAUGAAUCAUUAAUUUUCCAUUUUCUUACAUGAAAGUCUUUGAGGAAAUGCAUAAUAAUGACCUUGGUGAUGGAUUUUUCUCUGUUUAUCCUCCCUUUAACUUUUUAAAUUUUAUUUUAAGACUCCAGUAUCAUGAGUAGCUCUCGAAUCAGUGAUGGGUUCUCUUUAUAGUAGGAAGUACAAUCUGAUGUUAAAAUUUUAAAUGUUUGCUUUUAGAAAUUAUACUUUGAGGUCUUCAAAGACCUAAAAAUGCUAUUUCACUUUUGUACCCAGAAGAAAUACUGGACUUACGAAAGUGAAAAGAGGAGGUCUUGUGCCCCUCGUCAUUCCUGAGACUCACAUUAAGACCUUUUUGAAUGUGGCAGGGUAGAACCGAAAACGUCUUUCACCGUAAGAGUCCCAGCAGUGAGAAAGGAAACGGGAGCAGCCUGCGCUCGCGAGUCCCGUGGCCAUGGAAGCACCCGGCGGAGCCUGUGCUCACGUCCGGGGCGUCCGACUUUGUCCUCAGGCCACGCUGGCUCCUCCACGUUCUUAGUGCCUGGUGCUGAAGGUUCCAAGUCUGUGCGGCUCUGGAACUCCGCCGCCCGAACCCCAGGUCUCCAGCAAGCGAACCUUGUAGUUCACCAGUGGAGGCUAAGUCUGGAGUUAGGGCCUUGUCCCUCCCCUCUGAGUUUGAAAGACUCCAGCUGAUCUGAGAUGAGGCUUUAGGGGACAGGGAUCCAGUCUCCUCGCUGCUUGUGUCCAUUUGCGUGCAGCUCCAUCUCCAUGUCUGAUGACGGCCUCUGCCGAUCCUUCGGAAACCUGGGACGGCUGAGGUCUGGGGACACCACCCGAGACACCUGAUAGCAAGUGAUGGCUGAGGUAAGCAAUUGUUAGAAAGAGAUGGAGAUUUGGCCAGCCGACUUCUUCCAGCCUGAAUUUGCUAUUGUCCAGUGUCCAUGUUCCUCAUCAAAUCCAAAGUCAGGCAAUGUGGACUUGUAUUCGAAAUUGUUCCUCGUCAAAUCCAAAGUCAGGCGAUGUGGACUUGCAUUCGAAAUUGUUCCUCGUCAAAUCCAAAGUCAGGCGAUGUGGACUUGCACUUGCAGUUGUGACCACUCAGCGCCCGCCUGCCCGCGGCUGGGGGUUUUACACUACUGUCAUUUAAAGGUGAAAAUGAGAAAAUGUGGAGUAAAGAUUACCGAGAUGCAUUACCGAGAUGCAUGCUGAGAAUUAUGAUCGUUGGUUUUCUGGCUUGAUUUCCUUUUCUUGUAGAGUCACAUCAGCACUAAGAAAGAUGGUUUUCCCUUUACUGACCCAAUGUAAAUAUGUUUUUAGACUGUUUUCAAAUGUUCCUUCAUGAAGGCUUCAUGCGGCUGCAGGAGGCCUCUCACCUGUGUAAGUUGGUAUUUGGGCACUUUAUAUUUUUCUAAAAACGUGUUUUGGAACCUGUACUCUAAUAAAUCACAAGUUUCUUUUUAAAAAUUUUUCCAAAGUUUUCUCCAUUUUAAAAAGCCCUAUUAUACAAAGUAGAACUUUUGCAAUGUUAAAAUAUUAACUGUUUGGAUAUAGUAACUUCUUUUUCUCUUCCAAUGAAUGCCAAGAUCUGUUUUUUGUACAAUGACUAAUAAAUGGAACUGAUCCAGAGAGACACAGAAAUGGCCUGCCCGAUGUUGUCCCAGGACAGCAGCCCCCCCGCGACCUGUGGCGGGAGUCUCGCCGCUCUUCUGAUCAAACGAGGCGAAAAUGUGCUCUGCCGAAAUUUUUCUUAGCCUUGGUGAGUGAACAGGGUAUCUUCAGACUGAUUUUCCUGCCAAACGUGAAUUUUAUACGCUCGCAAGUAAUCUUGAGAGUAUCUGGUUAUAAAGCAAAGACUGCCGCUUUUCAUCAUGUUAAAAGUGUUUGUGAAACGAGAACUUCGGAAGCUCAGCGAGGAACCCACGCUCUUGGUGCGUCAUUCGCGUCCACCCGAAGCUGUGUGCCGUACCUCCUGCCCAGGAUGCCCGUGGAGCCGGGCUCUCCGUGAUGUCAGCACGCUGUGAGGAGGGGUCGGGGCGCUGCGGUCUCUCUCACGGCCGUCCUCGGCGCUCGAGCCUUGUGACUGUCCCGGAGCGUGCAGCGUGCCCGUCUUCCGGCAUCAGACCCUGGACUGGCCGGUGGGCGCACGCAGGUCCCCGCGGCCCCGGGCGGGCGGCCGGCCUCUCUGUUGUCUGCCCGCACGCUUGUGGAUCACUGUGAGUGCAUUGAUUGACCGCGAGACCCAGCGCUGAACGCUGUUGCUCUGAGUUUACUAUUUCAUCGUAUCUACUUAAUGUUUGAUUUUAAAAUGUCAGGUGUUUCGGUCUUCCCCAACGUGUUAGGUUGAGUUGCGCUUUUACGUCCCAGGCUUGCUUCUGCGCCGUCAAGUCCCCUCGCUGCGAAGGGGAAACACUUGGCCCUCUCAGUCCAUGUUCCAGGUACGCGACACGGAACCACCAGCAGCUCUGUCCUUCGAAGGAAUCUGUGUCCGUUACAACCAAGAUGUCUGUCUUCUGUUUCUGGGAAGAAGGGGCGACCGCUCACCUGGGGGCAGUUUGUUUCCGAAGCCGCUCACCGCUGCUUGCAUGUGUCACUUUGCCUCGCUUGCUCCCUUUGAGCCAGGCCCUGGCCCGAGCGGCCGACGGCCCCCAGCAACCCACAGGCAGGGCCAGGUCGUGAAUAUUUGGGCUGCGUAUGGUCUUAGUCACAUCUUCUUUGUUUUUUAAAAAAUGUACAAAACAUUCUGAGCUCAAGGGCUGCACAGAAAGAGGCCGCAGGCUGGAGGCGGCCGCGGGCCCUCGCUCGCUGAGCCCGGCCGGGGCGGGGCUGCCU